CAAAAAUUUUGUUACGGAAAUAUUUUUUUUGGUGCAAGACACUGUAAAUAUAUUACGCAUAGUUUUCAAGACGAAAUAUUAUAGUUUGCACUUUACAAUAAAAGUUUUUGGUUGUUGAAAAUGAAUUUUCUUGGCGGGGGGACAAUAAAAUUUAUACAGUGUCGACUUUUGCGCGUGAAAAAGUUGGACGACGCGCGCGUGUGUGGUACGGAUGCAUGGAACAUGAGGGAGUUGAUGAUGUCUCUUAUAUAUACCUGGAUUUCCACCAUAAUCACAAUCUUUCAAUCCAAGGUUCUAACUGUGGUGUCCCUAAUGAAGGCAACAUUGAAGUACUUGGCAGGCAGUGAAGGCCCCAGUGGCUAUGGCUCAAACACAACUGCUCAGCAGGUUGCUCAAGACUGCUUCUGCUCCAAUAUUAUCCCAAACCUUCAGCUCACUGCAAUAAUCACUGGCGCGACGUCGGGCAUCGGUGCGGAAACUGCAAGAGUGAUGGCCAAGAAUGGUGUGAGGGUAGUAAUUCCAGCAAGGGAUUUGAGGAAGGCAGAAGAGUUGAAGGAAAGGAUACAAAGGGAGAGUCCAGAAGCUGAGAUAAUUGCACUUGAGAUGGACUUGAGCUCCUUUGCUUCAAUCCAGAGAUUUUGUUCUGAUUUCUUAUCCUUAGGGCUGCCCCUUCAUAUCCUCAUAAACAAUGCUGGCAAAUAUUCACAUAAGUUGGAGUUUUCCGAGGACAAAAUUGAGUUAACUUUUGCCACAAAUUACUUAGGUCAUUUUCUGCUGACGGAGAUGCUGAUGGAGAAAAUGGUGGAGACGGCAGCGGAAAGCGGCAGAGAAGGGAGGAUAGUGAAUGUGACCUCUGUAAUCCACAGUUGGGUGAAGAGAAAAAACUUUUGCUUCAGUAAAUUGCUCAACCCGAAAAGUUAUAAUGGCACUUAUGCUUAUGCUCACUCAAAGCUGGCCAACAUAUUGCAUGCCAAGGAAUUAUCAUCACAGCUUAAGGCAAGAAAAGCAAAUGUAAGUAUCAACGCAGUGCACCCAGGAAUUAUAAAGACUGGAAUAAUCAGAGACUACAGAGGUUUUACCACAGGCAUGCUUUUUUAUACAUCUUUUCUCCUUUGCCUUUUUAGAAAAAUAAUCCAAGCAAAAAUAGCUAAACAAGCUGUUUGUUUUUAUUUCGGAAAAAAAAUGCCAGAUUGUUUGUAUUUUGUGGGAUCCAAGUUGCUGAAAUCAACACCACAGGGCGCAGCAACUACGUGCUAUGUUGCAUUAAGCUCACAAAUUGCAGGAAUCAGCGGCGACUACUUUGCAGACUGUAAUCUCAGUCACUGUUCAGCACUAGCAAACGAAGAGGCUGAAGCUCGGAAACUUUGGAAGCAAACUCGUGCUUUCAUUCAAAGGCGAUUACUUCAGCCAAAAUGUUGAAAAUAAGAAAUUAAGUCUAGUGUUACAUAUGUAAAUAAACACACAACAGUAAAGAUUCUAAGGCAUAGAGGGCAUCCACACGAACAACGUUACGUUGUACUUAUGGCUCGAGUUCUGUCAAUGUGUGGGAAUUGAAUAUUUUAAUAAUAAUUGUUG